AAAAUUCAAUUUCAGUUACCUUUUUUCUAUCAAUUCCAAAACUAUAUCCCGCGUUACGAACAAGCCAGGUAGCCAGAAAAAAGGGAGAGAAGUGCGGUCUCUCACCGCACGCACUAGCACUGUCUCACUCUCUCACUCUCUCACGCACGCAUCAUCUCAAACUUGUUCGCACUUUUUCACGGAUCUGAUCUAACUAAGUUCUCGCCAUGAAUCGCCACCACGAUCCCAAUCCUUUCGAGGAAGAAGAAGUCAAUCCUUUUUCGAAUGGUGGUGCUGCUCCUGCAUCCAAAUCACGUAUUCCACCAUUAGCAUCUCAGCCACUGGGCUUUGGUCAAAGGCAUGAUGCUACAGUUGAUAUUCCUUUGGAUACUACAAAUGACUCCAAGAAAAGAGGUCAAGAGCUAGCUGCUUGGGAAGCGGAUUUAAAACGGAAAGAGAAGGAAAUAAAAAGAAGAGAAGAGGCUGUUUCUAGAGCUGGUGUUCCUGUUGAUGAUAAGAAUUGGCCUCCAAUUUUCCCAAUCAUUCAUCAUGAUAUUGCCAAUGAGAUACCGGUUCAUGCUCAGAGGCUGCAAUAUUUGGCCUUUGCAAGUUGGUUAGGAAUUGUUCUCUGCCUAGUUUUUAAUGUAGUUGCUGUGACUGUCUGUUGGAUCAGAGGCGGCGGUGUUAAAAUUUUUUUCCUUGCGGUUAUAUAUGGUCUACUUGGUGUUCCCCUUUCAUAUGUUCUUUGGUACAGACCCCUCUAUCGUGCUAUGAGGACGGAUAGUGCACUGAAGUUUGGUUGGUUUUUCAUGUUCUACUUGCUUCAUAUUGGAUUUUGCAUCUUUGCUGCAAUUGCGCCUCCAAUUGUUUUUCAUGGAAAAUCAUUAACGGGCAUCCUUGCUGCAAUUGAUGUCUUCUCAGACCAUGUAUUGGUUGGGAUAUUCUAUUUGAUUGGAUUUGGCAUGUUUUGCUUGGAGGCUCUUCUAAGCUUAUGGGUGCUUCAGAAAAUAUACAUGUACUUCCGGGGGCAUAAGUGAGACUGUUCUCUUCUGGAUUUUGAUCCGACGGCUUUUAUAAUGUCAAUCACUUCACAAUGUGGCUUAGCAUAUUCUUUUUGUCUAUCCUCAUUUUCUCAUACAAUAUCUUGGUGUGAUAUUGGUCUUGUUCUUUGUAGUUACCAGGGUUUAGUUUGUAUCAGGGUUUAGUUUGUUUGUACCAUACUGUGUAAUGAAUUCUGUGAAGUUCAGUAUCUCUUCUAGAGUGUUUCGCUCCAGUGAAAAGAAAAUAUGCUUUCGAUAAGCAGACAUGUAGUGGAUUUCCAUUGAAGUAUUAUUGUAUGGUAUUGCAGUUGUGAUGCGCCUCAAAAAAGCUAGUCCUCUAGACAAGAAAAAAAAAAUACAAAAAUUCACUAGCA